AUGGCUGACCCAUACUCUGUAUCAGGAUUGCACACUGCUGGAUUCAUCAACGUAGUAGUUUCCAACGAUACACUCAUCGACACUGCUUAUGACUUUGCUACACUGAUAGUCUAUGUUGAUGCAAAUCUUGAUGCCCUAAUUGAUCAAUACAUUAACACUACCAGAAACCCACUUGUCGUUAUAUACAAGAGUCAUGUACAAAGACAACCUGCAUCUCCAUUUUUAGCUUCCUUCUCUUCUCGUGGACCUAAUGUGAUCACUAGAAGUCUCCUCAAGCCGGAUAUAAGUGCACCAGGGGUGGACAUACUAGCUUCAUGGACUAUGUUAGCUACUCCAACAGGUUCUGACGAUGAUAAACGUCAUUACCAUUAUAACAUAAUAUUUGGUACAUCUAUGUCUUGCCCUCAUGUUGCUGCUGCUGCUGCAUACAUCAAGACCUUCCGCCCUCACUGGUCACCAGCCGCAAUCAAGUCCGCCCUCAUUACCACCGGUGAGUUUGUGCAUUUAUCAAUUCUUAUUCAUGCAUGUCUUAACACUACAAGAAAUGUCUAG